CUGCCCGGGGGCUAGCCGGCGGGGCGGGGCCCGUGCCUGGGGGCGCGGGACCAGCCCUGACCUCCGCCCCGUCUGGCCAGCAGGUGCUGGUGGUGUCCCUGCUGAUGGUGCCGCUGCUCCGGACGGUGUCUCAGCGUCUCUUCUCCAUGGCCGCCGAGUCCCACGCCCCCGGCAGCCUCUCGGCUGCCUUCGUCACCUGCCCCAACGAGACCGUGGCCAAGGAGAUCGCCAGGGCGGUGGUGGAGAAGCACCUGGCAGCCUGUGUGAACAUCAUGCCGCAGAUCACAUCCAUAUAUGAGUGGAAGGGGAAGAUAGAGGAGGACAGCGAAGUGCUGCUGAUGAUUAAAACCCGGAGCUCCCGGAUCCCAGCGCUGGCUGAAUAUGUCCGGUCCGUGCACCCAUAUGAGGUGGCCGAAGUGAUCGCCCUUCCCAUCCAGCAAGGGAAUGCCCCCUACCUGCAGUGGGUACAGGAGACCGUGCCCUCCGAGUAAGACCUGCCAGUGGUCCAGCCAGAGCUGUGUAUUGGGGGCAACAACAGGCAAUAAACCACAUGCAGACACUUG